AUGGACGCCUCAGAAGCCAUGGAUCCCAAGGGUCCCGAGAAGAAACAGAAACUCGAGCCUUCUAUUAAAUCUGUGGAUAUGGUAUACUGGCCCCGAACUCGAUUCAUUGCAAGAAGCCUGACAACCAAAGAGCGAAGACAUGCAGCAAGAAGCAAUUGA